AAAACACUUUCGGCUCAUCAGUUUACACUCAGCAAUUCAAAUGAACAGUCGACAGCAAUGAAGAAUACAUCCUUAAAGGAUAAAUUCAAGAACAACAUAAAAUUUGUGAAGCCUCUGUACAGAAAAGUGAAAACGAAUCGAGUUGGAACUGGGAAUGUAACAUUUAGUAAUUUAGACGUUGACAACAAAUUUAAACUAUGUGGUGAUGCAAUUCGUGUCAAACGAGACAUAUUAAAUGAUAGAAAUAAAAAUUAUGAUAUAUUAACAAUUACAAAUAAAGAUAACACUACACUACCAGGUGCUUGUGAAUAUAAUAGUACUGUGUUAAACAGAACGAGAAUUGUGAAACUAAAAGGAUUAAAAGCAAAUAAUAAAACAGUUCGACAUGAAGUAGAGGACGUCAUGAUAAAUAAAACAGCAAGUAAAUUAGAUAAUGAAAUACAUAAUGAAAGUAUUGAUAAAUUCGUUCAAGCUAAUGAGGAUCUGAAAACAGUAAUCGUUAAUAAAGCUCCAGAUACUUGGUUGAGGGUCUACCCAGCUCCACAAUAUCCCAAAGAACCAGUAAUAUCUGUAAUCUUCCGAUGUCUAAUAUGUCAACUUGGGAUCGCCACAUUUUUAGUGUUCUGGACAAUACUUUGGGUUUUUGUCAUUAACUCAUUCGAAGAAUCACACGAAAUAGAAGUAUCGCGGCAGUUUGAGAAGCAACAAAAUCAAUUAGUUAUCGACUUAGCAACUGAAUUACGUCAGAUAACUCCAUUGUCUCCAAAAUGGAAGAACGCAAUAGAGAUACGAAUAGAGGACGAGAGACGUCUGACUAUGCAGGCGGUGGACCGAGGCGCCAAACUGCAUCCAGGCCAGUUCUGGAACUUGUCUGGAACUUUCCUGUUCACCGUAUACGUCAUGACUGCGUUGGGGUUUGGUGCACCUGUUCCUCAGACGCUGUGGGGGCGCUCUUCGGCCCUAGUGUAUGCUGUCUUAGCUGUACCUACACACAUAUACCUAAUGGUUAAUGCUAGUACGUGUGUUGUGCAUAAUGUUGAUCAAUUCAUUCGACGUUCUCGAAGAUUUGAUAGAAAGAAGACAGUAAACAGUGAAGAUACCUCGAACUGCGGCGGAAAUUCUGGGAUUAUAAGAUGUAGUAACAAAACGAUGUGUUACAAAAUAACUAGUUUACUCAACGUGUUGUUUGCGGGUCGCUGCGUGCCUCUUGCGGCCAUUUUAUAUUACACAAGUGGUGCCGUUGCGUUUGGCUUAAUGCGCGGGAAAACAGGACCCGAAGUUGCCUUGUUCCCGCUUGAAUUUACCACCAGUGGAGGCUUGGAACAAGUAAAAAGUCAUGUUAGGAUCCUGUAUGGUCUGUACGUAGAGGGCGCCAUGUCGCUGCUUGCAUGCGCACUGGCCACCCUGCGCCGGAACAGCAGCGAAGCUACCAAUUCUAUAGCGGAACACUACCGACUUUUCGCUACAACUGAGAAAUAGUCUGACAAUAAAAAUGCUU